AUUAAAAACCGGAUGAAGCAGAAGAAGAAAAUUUCUUCUCGCGAGAUUUCCAGUGGUGUCCUUGUUCAGGCAGAAAUGGGGUUCUGGGACGACACAGAGGGCACAAGCUGCGUGGAAAAAACAUGGAUUUCGACCAAAAUGGGCACAGUUUUGGGCCUGGUCGGUUCGGCGUACUACAUUGCGGCAUACCAGCCUGACACUGCACUGUUGGCGCUACAGAAGGCUACCAACACAACAGUUACCCUGGCCUCCAUGGGAGCCAUCUUUGGAAUGGCAACAUGCAUCAGUGCUCAAGUUCGUGAAGCCCCGGAUGAACCACUGAAUUAUUUUAUCGGAGGCUGUUCAUCUGGGAUCUUCCUGGGGGCCAGAACUCACAGUGCUAUGACCGGUACAUCAGCGUGUCUGUGUCUGGGAACGCUGGCCUUCUUCACAAAGGUCGCAAAGAUGGAGGGAUGGAGGAUUUCCGGACCUAAACUAUAGGAUGGAAAUGUCUGUGAGCUUAAGUAUGUUGUAAAGAGACCUUAUUUAAUAAAAUCCUUGAUCAAGUCAAAACUGGAGUUGAUUUGAUUGCGUCUCACAAACACAGAUAACUAUCGUCAAAGAAAAUGGAAAUGGUCGUGUUUAUAGUUUUAUGUCUCUAUUAAUUCAUCAUCAGUAACGUUAAGAGCACUCUGUACACAAAGUGUUUCUGCAAUAAAUAUUUUGAAUGUUAA